AUGGAGCAUAAUUUAAACAGCAACAGCGGCUUCUUCCAGAUAAUAUUGGAGUGGAGGGAGAAGGAGAGGAGCCAUUUAGGUAAAACCGUUUGGGUACAAACACAAGUACACAGAGUGACUCACACAAUCACACAUUUACAGAUGUGUGAUUGUGUGAGUCACAAACACAUUCCCAUAUUCGAAGGCGUGCAAUCACAUUUUAAAAGCAAUAAAACUAGUGGCAAAACAUUGGAAACAAAUAAUUCACAAAGUUGGGAUGAGCAAGUAGAAAAGGUAGCUGAUUCCAACUUGAGCAUCCAUGUUAACAGAUAUUUCUCUCCAGCAGUCUGCUCCGACAUCUCACUUGUACCUACUCUUUUGCCGGCCCACCUCAGCGAGGAUUUCAGCUGGACAUCUUCAGCGCGGUCUAUAGUGUGCAACAGUUUGAAGAUCGAACAACGAGAUUUUAAUUAA